AUGUCAGAGUCCAACGAUACCUCAGCGUUCACCUACAAAUCACCAUUCAAAUAUGCCACCGCCGUCGGAAUUCAGGCAAGUGCCGUCGGUUUGGUCGUCAGUACUCUUCAGAAUGCACUCGGAAACCAUUCUUAUGGCGCGAUGGGUGUGGUGACAAGGACAGGAGGGACCAUUGGCUUGUUUGCUGCCAUGGGCGCGACGUUCGCCUUUACGGAGACAGCCGUUGCCAACCAGCGGCAGACUAAUGAUGCUUGGAACGGAGCUGCUGGUGCCUGCUCCGCUGGGUUUUUAGCAGGCGUCAGAUCUCGUUCACUACCUAUGGCAGUGGGUGGUUGUGUGAUACUCGGUGCGGCCAUGGGAACAUACGACUACUCUGGCCAGUUAGCUGGCGAGACCAGCGUCACAAAGGAGGAAAGACGAAGAAACUUUUUCAAAACGCCACCUAAACCUAUUGUUGACGUCGGAACGGAUUGAAGGCCACGUCAGCGUUGACAUUCGUAGAAAAUAGACAAGCCUGUUGCAUUCCCCACCCUUCUAGGUCUUGACGGAACUGUUG